AUGAACUCAUCUUCACACAACCGGUCGAAUAGCGUGCCUUCUGCGCCACAUCCUUUGAUAUCACAAUAUGAGGAGUGUUUCCAGAGGUUGAAGGCUUCUGAAGCUGCCUCUUCCUCAUCAACAAGCUCUAAACUCAAUGGUUUGCAUGCUUUGUAUGAAUGCACAAAUAAGGUACUUCAAUUGCAAACUGUGCAGCAAGAACUCAGCCAUGAAUCUUGCAAGAAUUCGGUUGAUGAAUUGCUAGAAGGGUCUCUGAUGCUCUUGGAUACUUGUGCUACUGUCAAAGAUGUCCUGCUACAAUCAUCAGAAAGCAUACAAGGACUUCAAUCGGCCAUUCGCAGAAAGAGAUGGGGCGAAUCAGCAUUGAAAUCCGAGGGUGAUAAAUACUUGUCCUUAAGGAAGAAGGCGAAAAAGACAAUUCAAAAUGCCUUAGAGAGUUUCAAGGGAUUCAAGAAAGGCUUCACUAUUAUUCCAACUACCUCAAACACUCAAGAUGAAUUUGUGUCCAUGAUUAGAAGCUUAAAAGAAGCAGAACUCUUCACACUGAUCCAAUUAGAGUCUUUGUUAUCUUUCGUCUAUGGCCCGAAGGCGAAACCAAAGAUGAGCAGUUGGACAGUAGUCUCCAAGUUCAUGCAGCCUAAGAGAGUAUGCUGUGAUUCAGACCAAUCAAACUCGAAUGAAUUCGAGAAGGUCGAUGGAGACUUGCAGUGUCUCUUUCAGAAACAUAGCAGUGUUGUGUCUGUUCAGAAUUUCCAAAAUUCUAUGGAGAAUUUAGAGUUAUGUAUUAAGGGUCUUGACUCAGGAAUUGAGCAACUUGAAAGGCAACUUAUUAGAACCAGAGUUUCACUUCUCAACAUAUAUAAUUAUUAA